GUGAAGGCCCAGCAGCGGGGAAGUCGCCGCCUCAGGAUGUUGGCGAUCCUCAAGGGCUCUGAGAUUCCGGCUCUUCCCUUCGCGAUCCUGCGGGGCGUGCCUCUGAGGCGACCAGGGCUAAACGGAGUUGCUGUCCCCGCGGUGAGCCGGGGCGCGAAGGGUUAACCUACCUGGGCCGCCGCCCCUGCGGCUCCUCCUCCAGCCGCAGGCAAAAAAGAAAGUCUCCGCGGGGGCGCGGCCCGGCUUCGUCCCGCCGUCUCUAGUCGCGGAGCCCAGAGCUGUGAUCCGUGCGCCCCGCUCAGCUGCCCUGGACCGGGCCGCCAUGUCUCUGUGGAAGAAAACCCUCUACAAGAGUGUAUGCCUGGCUCUGGCCCUCCUUGUGGCUGUCACUGUAUUCCAGCGCAGUGUGACCCCUGGUCAAUUCCUUCAGGAUCCUCUACCACCCACGCUGGGACCAUCCAAAACUGGAAAUCUGGUCAACCCCGACAGCUUCUGGAAAAGUUCAAAGGAUGUAGCGGCUCCCACCCCCACGUUGCCCCGGGGACCUCAGGUCUGGGAUGUGAUCACCACUAACUGCUCUAUCAACGUCAACCUGACCCACCAGUCCUGGUUCCAGGGUCUGGAGCCACACUUCCGACAGUUCCUAGCCUAUCGGCAUUGCCGCUAUUUCCCCAUGUUGCUGAACCAUCCAGAGAAGUGUGCCGGAGAUGUCUACCUGCUGGUGGUUGUCAAGUCGGUCAUCACACAGCAUGACCGCCGAGAGGUCAUUCGUCAGACCUGGGGCCACGAAUGGGAGUCGGCAGGUCUGGGCAGGGGCUCCGUGCGGACUCUCUUCCUGCUGGGCACAGCCUCCAAGCAAGAGGAGCGAACCCACUAUCAGCAGCUGCUGGCCUACGAGGACCGUCUCUAUGGUGACAUCCUACAGUGGGACUUCCUCGACAGCUUCUUCAACCUGACCCUCAAGGAGAUCCACUUCCUCAAGUGGCUUGACAUUUACUGUCCCAACGUCCCCUUCAUUUUCAAAGGUGAUGAUGAUGUCUUCGUGAACCCCAGCAACCUGCUUGAGUUUCUGUCUGACCGGCAGCCCCAGGAAAAUCUAUUUGUAGGUGAUGUUCUGAAACAUGCUCGGCCCAUCCGCAAAAAAGACAACAAAUACUACAUCCCCGCCGUCAUGUAUGGCAAGGCCACCUACCCACCCUAUGCUGGUGGUGGGGGUUUCCUCAUGUCUGGCAGCCUAGCUCGACAACUCCAUCAUGCCUGUGACACGCUGGAACUCUUCCCUAUUGACGACGUCUUCCUGGGCAUGUGCUUGGAGGUGUUGGGAGUGAAGCCCACAGGCCACGAGGGCUUCAAGACCUUUGGCAUCUCUCGGGUCCGAGGCAGCCGGAUGAACAAGGAACCGUGCUUCUACCGGGCCAUGCUUGUGGUCCACAAGCUCUUGCCUGCCGAGCUGCUGGCCAUGUGGGAUCUGGUGCAUAGCAAUCUUACCUGCUCUCUCAAGUUCCAGGUGCUCUAAUGUUGCUGGGCCACCAGUACAUUUCUCCUCGAGUCCUUGGGAUCCUGGGACUGGAGAUACACGGUAUAGUCUUUGGACCCCUACAGGAGGUGAAGGGUUUGGGCCCUCUGUGCCCCUAGGUGUGGUGGGGUACAGAGAGCCAGAGAGGAACUCCCAGAAAUUCCCAAGAAAGAGGCCCAGGAAUAGCCAGAACUUCCCUUUCUGGAGGUCCUCUGAGGACCUGGAUUUCUCCUAGCCUGGGCCUGAAGCCUGGCCUCUCUAGCCUGGUAGAAGGCCCUGGUGGCCUCUAAAGGAACAUUUGCUCAGGUACCUGAGCUAGGCCUGACCCCAGUGGGUCGGUGGCUGCCUCUUGUCCUCACAGGGAAAUCUCUUUCCUGUGAAAUGCCUCUGGCUCCCUGAGGGUCAAGGGACCCUUCAUGGGAGCUCAGUCCUGUGCAGGUCCACAGGUGUCCCCUGGUCCACAUUCCUGGCUCUCCUAAGGCAGGAGCUCCAAAGCACAGCCCCAGGCUUGCCUGGAGUCAGCUCCUGAGGCAUGGCUCCUGGCUCUGUCUUCUCUCGGCUGCUCUGACUACCUCAGCACUCCUCAAAAACCUCAGUGUGGGCUGCCGCCCCCACCUUACGCUCCCGACACAGAGCAAAAGAGCAGUGCUCCUGGCCUGCCCCCAAGUCACAGUGAUCCCUGAGCACAGCCCAAGCCAGGACUCACCCUUGGCACCUCACCAAUACUGACUCCCUGGCCGGAAACUGGCCGGUUGGGCCCUCCAUGUAGACAUUCUUCUAUUACUGUGAAAUUUUAUUUAUGAAGAAUUGGAAGGAAGGCGGCUCCAGGCCUUGGGAGGUGUACCUCUUUUCUGUAUACUUUCCUUCAGCAGGCUAGCAUCUCUACCACUCUUUCCCCCCUACCCCCGCCUUUCAAGUCCCACUCUGAGCCCUUCCCCACUGACACCCCUACUUUUCUGGGGCCUGCCCAGACUAUUUUCCCCUGUGAAAGAACGCCACCUCACACCUCUGGCUGGGGUCACCUGAAAAGACGGAGGCAAUCUUCUCUAUUUUUCUCAAUAAAACGACUGGUUGUUGAAGGUGCCUGAACUAGCUACUUCCUUGGUCUUGGCUAGUGGGUGUGUGAGAGCUCUAGAGGGGCCUUAGAGGAAGGUGGGGGGAGCUAUGAUGGGGCAAGAAACCUGCCAGCUCUUAACACUCAGCUGUCUCAGGUGACCUCGUGGCCAGCUGAAGCCUUGGCCUAAGUAUCAAUUAGCAAAGGUCAAGGCAUGAGUUCAGGCCCAAGGCUAAUGUUCUAGUGGGUGCCCUUAGGCAGGGUAUGCAGAGUCUAAUAGGCUCCCUGACGACCUUGUGAAAGCAUUGAAAUAGACUUGGCUGGAAGGAGAGCCUGCCACGUGCAGGACUUUUGCCAAAGUUGCUGCUUCUGGAGGCGGAAGGAGGGCUGUUACUGCCAGGGCAGGAUCUUCUGAGGUGGUAGUGAGCAGGCCAGCUGUGUCCAGCUCAGUGACAUCCACCAUGGGCCCAGUGGCCCCGAUCCAAGACCUAGGGUUGGAAAGGACAGGGCAGCCACCAUUUCUCCCCUGCACAGGUCUUCCCAAUUAUGCGCAGAGCUCAGUGCAAAAACACAUGCCUAGUUCCCGGAAGUUAGAAACUUUUAAGAUUGCAACAGAGCAGAGCCCUUUGGAGGAGCCAGCGCACCUGCUCCCAGAACAGCUGCAGGAGAGCCAGAAGGACCAGGCAGAGGCUCAGGACUGUGUGAAGAAGCCACAUCUAAGGACCAGGCAGAGACACGAUUUAACCAAAGGUUGAGGGAGGGAGGUGGAUGCUUGGUAGUGCAGGUAGGUAGGGGAAUCUCAAGCCUUAGAGGUUUAGGGAAGUGUCUGGAGCUGACCCUGAGCUAUAGCUAUAUCUGAAUCUAUAGCUUUUGGCUUCCUUUGUCUUUGGCUUGGGUCCUGUGGACUGGGAACUCAGUGGAAGUCUCCUUGCCAGCACUGAGUCAAGACUCGGGGCCACUCAGUACAGGGGGUGUGAGGUUUUCGCUUCACUUGGGCUCAAGGCUGGGCAGGCAGGCCCCAUUAACUCAGCAGAAGGAAGACCAAGGAAGCCCCUCCGGGAUGCUGUCCCAUUUCCCAUUCCCCCACCCCACCCCCAGGGCCAGCCCUUACUGAGCCUUGUACCUGCUUAAAAGGACUAGGGGGUAUUUUCCCCUGAGGUAGACUGGAAUUUGGGGAGGAGCCACUGUGUGAGAGACAAGGGGGAGAUUCCCUGCUGAGUUUGUUAACAGACCCCAGCUCUUGGGUCUGGAAGUGGUAGACACAGACCCAGAGAUACUCAGGGUCUCUAUUAAGACCAACCAAGAGCAGGUUAAGGCUGGUGGUUCCUAGAACAAAGGAAAGGGGUUACUCUUA